CUCUCUGUCUCUCUCUCUAGAUGUCUUUGUCUUCAGAGCUGUGCAGCGCUGGGGUUUCUCUAUGGAAACCACAAGCCGAAAUCCGAGCGAGGGAAAGCGAAAGUGUGUGUGCACUUCCAGAACGGGUGUGCGGAGGGGAGACCGCCUCUCCCCCCCUCUUUCUCACACGGUCUUUGUGUUCCUACUGCCUCGGCUCCGGUUCUGAGCAGUGCUGCUUCCACACUCUCGCGUUGGAUCUCCCCUCCCACACGCUCAAGCCGGGCAACUGCCUUUGCUUCUGACUCAGGCUCACCGGUCCCCUCUUCAGUCCCAGGCACGGCUGCAAGCCAGGAGAGCCCCUGCUCGCUUCGGACACCGCAAGGCGGCUUUAUAAUCCGUCGAAGUGGACAGAGCGAAGCGGGGAAAUCGGUCUAGUCUCUGUGUUUGUACCCCGCUGCCUGCCGGGGUUUCUUUCUCCAGGCUCGGCGGAAAAAAAAAAAAGCACAGCUUGAUGACCAGAGGCACCGGGAGCAGCGAUUACAGCCGCAGACGGACGCACCGCAGAGAGCUGCUCGUGUUUUAAAUGAGAUAGACGUUUUUGUCUUCGGGUUUGGGGAAACAAAACAAAAAACAAUAAAGAUUGAUCCUUGCUGGACAUCGCCAUGAUUUCUCCUAAAGACAAGCCCAAAAAGAAGCCUCCCAAAGACAGCUUGACACUUCUGCCAUGCUUCUAUUUUGUGGAGCUCCCGAUCGUGGCCUCCUCCAUGGUGUCCCUGUAUUUCCUGGAGCUCACGGACCUCCUGCAGCCGGCUCAGGUGGGCUUCCGGUGCCACGACCGCUCCCUGAGCAUGCCCUACGUGGAGGGCGGCGACGAGCUCAUCCCCCUCCUCAUGCUGCUCAGCCUGGCCUUCGCCGGCCCCGCUGCCUCCAUCAUGAUGGGAGAGGGCCUGGUCUACUGCAUGCAGUCCCGCCUGAAGCUGCGGCCUGGAGCUGAGGGCAGCAUCAACGCGGGGGGCUGCAAUUUUAACUCCUUCCUGCGGAGAACAGUACGCUUCGUGGGUGUGCAUGUUUUUGGGCUCUGUGCCACAGCCCUGGUGACUGAUGUGAUCCAGUUAGCCACAGGUUAUCAUGCUCCAUUCUUCCUGACUGUCUGCAAACCCAACUACACCCUGCCAGGCAUUUCCUGCGACACCAACCCCUACAUCACUCGGGACAUCUGCUCUGGGCAAGACCAGCACGCCAUCCUCACUGCCAGGAAGACUUUCCCUUCCCAGCAUGCCACUCUCUCUGCCUUUGCUGCUGUCUAUGUGUCAAUGUAUUUCAACUCGACGAUCUCGGACAGCACCAAGCUGCUGAAGCCAGUUUUGGUCUUCGCCUUUGCCAUCGCGGCCGGACUCACGGGCCUGACCCAGAUUACCCAGUACCGCAGCCACCCCAUUGACGUGUAUGUGGGGUUUCUCAUUGGAGCAGGCAUCGCUGCCUACUUGGCUUUCCACGCUGUUGCCAAUUUCAAAUCCUCUGAAGACGCCGCCCGCCGGCCUGCCCGUCCCCCACCCAAGGAUGCCCUGCGGGCCCUGACUCAGCGGGGGCACGAUUCAGUGUACCACAAGGGCCACGCCUCAGAGAGCAACGACGAGCUGUCGGCUCCCCAGCGCCUGGACGGGAUGAACAGACAGGUGCCUCGUGAAAAGGUGUCCCUGGGCAGUCUGAAGCGGGCGAGCGUGGACGUAGAGCUACUGGCGCCCCGCAGCCCUAUGGGUAAAGAGAACAUGGUGACCUUCAGCAACACCCUGCCGCGGGUCAACACCCCCUCCGCUGAAGACCCAGCCCGCAGGCACAUGACCAUCCACGUGCCCCUGGACCCUCUCCGCUCCAAGCAGCUGGUCUCCGAGUGGAAGCAGAAGUCCAUGGAGCUUAGGAGCAUGAGCCUGAGAGGGGAAGAGGGACGAGAGGGAAGCAUGGAUGGCUCGGAUUCGGGAGACGACGGCGGGGAGGAAGAGCUGGUGAUGCCCUCUUCCUUGUAUCCCACAGUCCAGGCCAGCCGGGCCGGCACCGGUGCCGGCGGCGUAGGCGCCAGGGUGGUGAUCCCACCCAGGCCAGGAGCACCCCAGCUGGUGCACAUCCCCGAGGAAGCCCCCCCAGUGUCCCCCAAAAGUUGCUCGGGCGCCCGUGCCAAGUGGAUUUCCAUCGCCGAGAAGACGGGCGGGCCCAUCCCCGCCCCCGGGUCCCUGCGCGCCGCCAACCAGCCGCGGAUCAUGCAGGUCAUCGCCAUGUCCAAGCAGCAGGGCAUGGUCGCCAUCUCCCCCAAAUCCUCCGAGACCUCCUCGUCGGCCACCUCGACCAGCUCCGAGUCGCCCCACUACCGGCCCCCUUCCGAGCGGGACAGCUCCAGCAUCGUCACCGUCGACGCCCACGCCCCCCACCACCCGGUGGUCCACGUCCCCUCGGGCAACGGCAGCCCCUGGGAGUGGAAGGGCAGCGCCAACGGCAGCGCCUCGGAGAUCCGCGAGGGCUACGAACUCAACGACCUCAACCGGGAGGCCAGCCGCGGCUACCGGCCGGUCAAGAGCGUCUCCCCAGGAUCCUCCGCCAGCGACCCCGACCUGGAGCCCGCGGCCCACUCGGACCUGGCUUCCGAAACCCGGAGCCGGGAAUCCACCCUCCGCCGGAAACAGCCCCACCUGGGGCAGGAGCGGGACAUCGCCCCUCCUCAGACCGAGCAGGACCCCUUCUACAGGAAACUGCAGGCGGGGUGGCGGUACAAGGAGGGCAACUAAACCUCUGGAAAUCACAGGCGGUCUCCCGCUCAGCAGGGAGAACUUUGCACCAAAGUGAUCAGGAAUACGCGCUCUGCAUGGGAAAUACCGAUCGUCGCCUGGCCAGGCCAUGCAGCGGACGCCCCGAAACGGAAAUGAUUAAGUUAAGGAGACGUGCCUGAGGGAAAGAUGCUGUUUCUGAUUCAGGUUUUGGUGCAAAGUACAAAAAUAGACGUGGCUCUGGGCAAACUUUAAAAACCCUUAAGGGAAAGGUUUGGUGCCGCAUUACACCUUUGAAUAAACACACAAAGUAAAACAAAAUACACAUUCAUCCUCAUAUUGUCUCUCUAAGGAAUAUGAGCACAGCUGGAGCCAUACUAGACCUUUCUGUCAGUAUUCGGUUGUUUUAAAUGCAUUUGUAAUAGGCGUUUAUUGAACUGCUUUCUUUUCUCAUGAAGAAAUCUUUGGCCUUUGUUUUGUAGUGGCGGUCCUUCCGUUCAUUCUUGAUUGUCAAGUAGCACGUUGGUGUUUUUUUUUAACAGAAGAAGACUCAGACUUUUUUUAAAAAAAGUUUUAUUUUGAGCUGGACUCUUUGCGUUCCCAGUUCUGGUCAUUUUUAAAGAAAUUCAGACACUUGGACUGAACUUCCCUGACAAUUUCAGGGAAUAACUGCUUCCUUAAGAGGCAGCUUGUUGGAUGAGUCUGCAGCUCCCUGACUUUACCUUUGAUGUGGCAUCAGGCUUCACAUGUGAAUCUAUUCCAAUGGAACAUGAAUUACAAUACAGCUGUCAGUGGACUGGGACAGGACAUCUGGAGUUGAUGUGUGAUGGCCUUACAAGGGAAAACUGAACAAUGUAAUUGACUGCUGCCCUUUCAUGAUGCAAUAAGUUGGGCACUUUCAGCUGUAAUCACUUACUUUAAUUACCUUAUCUAGCUUAACAAUAUUAACUGUUUUGGAAUUGCUUUAAUAAAUUGGGCUUAAACACACUAUGCAACAAAUGCCAUACAAUUCCAGAUGAAAAUGAUGAAAUGAAUACAGGUUGGAAAAAAAAGAUUGGGCAGAUUGGGUUUUGGAAUCUGAGUCUGUUUCUCUUUUGAGAACAAAAGAGGGCAAGUCAUUUUUGAGGAGUGUAGUGGGAAUGAAAACCAGAAAACUCUUCUAUCAUGUGUGAUUUGAAAAAAAAAGAAAACCAAGUGACAACAUGAAACAUAGCUGUAACAAAAAGGUGACCAUUGUAUUCAGAAUAGCCUUAAGCUUAAUGUUAUGAUUUAAAAUGAACCAUCUUGUAAAAAAUAAUCUAAAAAGAAACCUCUUGGCCCACAGUAGAUGAUGGGGUUUCUUUCCUAGCAUCUUUAGCAUCUUCUCCGUGAAGCAAAUUAUUAAACAGUUAGUACAGUAAAUCAUUUUCAGUGUUUUACGAACAGGCAAAAUCCUUGUAGCUCACUUAAACCCUUGAAUAAUUUGUCAUUCGGCACCGUCUGUUGUUUUUAAUUGAAGUCUUUCAUCAGGGGAAUUGCCAAUAGCUUCAUGAUCUCAUGAUUGCAAGUAUUUUUUAUGUUUAAGCUAUUUGUGGCUGUUGGGAAAUUAGUUUUUUUUUACAGAAUUGUGGAUGAAAAGAUUAUAUGCAGCAGUCAGUGAUGACUUAUUCCUCUGCUGAAACACAAACAUAUCUUGGUUCUGUGAGUGACCUAGUCUGAAGGGAAAUAAAAAAAAGCCAACUUGUCCAUUUCCCUUUCUAAGACAAAAUCAGAUGAUAUUUUAGUUUCAGCACUAGUAGAUCUCAAGGGACAAUUAAAGCCCAUUGAUAAGACUGAAAGUGUUAUUCAUAAGUAGGUCAGGAUCUGGAAUAAAUUAUGAAAAAGAAAUGUCUUAUACUGUGUUGCUUUAGAGAGCUGUCUGAUCUUCUCAUACCCUGGGGAGACUUUCCCUUAUGUGAAAAGUUUUGAACUGAAAACCCUACUAGGAAGUAUCUAGUAUGCAAAUUUUUAAAUUGAAAGCUUUAAAAUGGAAUGGAUUUAUUGCAAUUUUAAGCACACACCCCCAUGAUAAAGACGUGAGCUGGUUUUCUGUGAGUGCAGGUGAUUCAAUCCUAUGUAGAGAGACCUUUUUCUUUCACAUAGUCAAUAGAAUGACUGAAGAAUGUUUUUCCAGCAUCAAGAAAGUGCAACUUAUUGCAGUCGUGAAAUCAAUCAGGUGGAUUAAAUCAGACUCGAGCGAGAGGGAUAAUGACAGUGACCUUCCCAGUCAAAGCAAUAGGAGGCAAGUGUAAUGGAGUUAUUUCUGGAGUUUUUGUUUUGUUUUUGGUUUUCUACCAGUCUCUAAAAGUCUGUGAUUGAUGUAAAAAUCUUUGCAGUUUUGCAGCUGGUCUCCUGCAUGUUGUGUAUGUGGUGUCAGUUGGAAGUUUUGCUUUGUCAGUAAAGAAGAAGAAAAACAACAACACAAAAAAGACCAAACGGAGA